GAGAUGCGUGAGUCGCAAGGCAAUACCAGGCCUGUAGUCACGGGGCACGCUCCUUCACCAAGUGCGCAUGGAAGUUCACCUGGAGUUCAUACUUCAGGUGGUCUGCGAGAGUCAUAGUCCCUAUUAAGGGUAUUAAUAAAUGCAUCACCGGCAUCAGCGCCUAAGGCCUACAAACGGAGUACCAGAUCAUUCACACGCGCCUUCAAUCCCUAAAUACGACAUCAACUUUGGUGAUAUCCCCCUUCAAGUGCCAGCCAGCUUUGCAGUAUUUGUAUUUCUAAAUUGGAAUCUUCGGUUGCGAAUCUUCAUUAUCAUCCUCCAAGCUUCGAUCAUCGCACGCAACCAUGGCAUCCUUCAACUUCAUCCCACCCUCCUCCCUCCUCGACCAGCACAAGAUCACAACUCACCAAAUCCAACACCCCGGCAUAGCCCUCCAAAACCACCAACACGUAACCGUCCACCAAGUCCACAACCCCGGCGCCAUAAUCCACCACCCAGCGCCCUUCCUCCCCAUCGCACCCCUGAUACACGACCCCUUCCCCGCAAUGUACCCCCAAGUGCAGCUACCCCUCAUGCCAGCCAUCCAACCCGGCGCCAUCACCAUGCAGAACUUGGCCCCCGGAAUCCUGCAGCAGAAUCUCGCCCGCCAGCCGCGCCGUCUGGCGCACAUGAUAACGUACAGCACGACGCGGCUGGCCGGGGGCGAUGCGAAUGGGCACGCGCUGUACGAGCAGGCGCUUCUGGCGACGGGUCUUCACCCGACGAUAACGUUCGAUGUGAGCCACUUUCCUGCGGCGCCGGCGGGGUUGGCGAUGCAGUUUUCGGGGGUGAGUGGGGAGGUGCAAGAGGUUGUUAGGGGGUAUGGGGAGGGGAUGAGGGAUCUGUGAGUACCUGUUCUUCUGUCCCGGCUUGGAGCUGACAAACGUGUAGGGAUGAAGUUGUGCGGCUGAUGAUGAGCGCGUAUGAUCAGGGGAAGGGGUCAUUGCUUUUGAUGG